AUGAGCUGGAGUUCACUACAACAGACAAGACUCGCUGCCGAGAAAGAUACUCUUGAUAGCAAAUUGAAGAACGUGUCCUGGUUUAAUCCUACGUCGGCAGGAAACACAAGGGUCGAAUGGCGAAUCAAAACCAACAAUGGAAAGAACUAUACUCUCCGCAUUUAUAUACCGCGUAAUUUCCCAAAUGAAUGUCCGAUAUUGGUAGUAUGCUCUCCUUCGACUAUUAAGAGAAAGGAUGGGAAGCCUCUUAUUGUUGCUAACGGAAAAGAUCACGUCUAUGGAACUCAUGAAGGCUUCACAGAAAUUUGUCACUUUGUUAAAGAAAAGUGGUCUAACGACAACAGCCUCUACCAGGUAUUAAUGAAAGGUCGCAUCUGGCUGGAAGCUUAUGAGAUUCAUUUGCGCACUGGUGAGGAUCUUGAGAAGUAUUUGGCUCACAUGUCUGUGUAG